AUGGAAUCAACACGGAAUGUUGAGCUCACUUGUGCUGAAGUUGUUCGCGAUCUUUUAGACGCUAUGCUGGCAAACGAAAGCCCCAGUUCUUUUCAGAGCUCUUGUCCGGGUGGACGAAUGUUAACUAGCUCUAAAAAUAUUGAUGAGAAUUCCAACUGUACGUCGAAAAAAUCGAAAUCUAGUGGCGGCUUCACCUGUUGUGUCCCUGGUUGUUUCAACAACAGCAACAAACGAUGUCCCGAGCUUUCAUUCUACAAUUUUCCAAAUGGAAAAAGCAAAGAAUCAGUAGAACUUCGAAAGAAAUGGAUACGCUUGAUUUCCCGGGUAAAUUUUACGCCAACGAUAG